AGGGCUAAUAACAGAAUUUAACCUAACUAGGAAAAAACAAAACCCUAAACCCCCAAUCCCAUCUCCCUUUGCAUUUCUCCCCAAGUAUCAAUCUUUCGAAUCUCGACGCUAAGCUACCAAUCUUUGCUCCCAUCGAUCUCUGGUAAAGGUUAGUCUUUAAUGGGAACCGAAGAGACAAAGGACCCGUUGAAAGGGGUAGAUUGGAAAGCAAUCGGUAGUGAGUUGCAGAAAGAUCCGAGCUCUGGUGGUAAAUCAGUUGUAAAGAAACGACUUCCGAAGAAGAUUAGGCAAAUCCCGGAUUGUUAUUUCCUUCCUCGAAUGUCAACUCCUUCUACACUAGCCUUUUAUGGAGCAUGUAUUGCUGGUGGGAUUGGCGCCGGGAUGUUACUCGAGGUCUGGAUAAACAAGAAAAUUAAAGAGGAUGGAGGUGUGGUAUGGGAGUUUGGCAAGUAGUUGUUUCACAUCAUCUUACGACAUCGUUGUUGCAAUAGGAUUAGUGCUUCACAUUAUCAAUCGACGUCGUUCUUAUCUUUUCCUUGGCGAGUUUCAAAUAGUAGUCAUUUUGGUAAUGUUCAUCUCUGAAAACAUAGGAUUCUUCUGGGUUCACUUUUUGGGCAAAAAUUGUAUCACACCGUUCCAAUUUUUUAACUUUUGGAAUCGAAAAUGUAUUAAAUAAAAAUUGAGAUAUUCGAAA